GGCUCGUCUUCUUCUACUUCUUCACACCCCGCGCAGUAGCCUCCCUCUUCUUCCUCCACCGUCGCGACGGAGAGCAAAAGCCUCCCCGAGGAACCUCCGCGGCGGAACCCUAACUGCGCCGGUACACGCUUGGUUUUUUCCUGAGCAGACAUGAGUAGAGCAAUGGAGGAAGAUGCCACCGCUGGCAAGAAUGAGGAAGAGGAAUUUAAUACAGGCCCACUGUCAGUGCUGAUGAUGAGUGUUAAGAACAAUACCCAGGUGCUCAUUAAUUGCCGGAACAACAAGAAGCUCCUGGGUCGCGUGAGAGCUUUUGAUCGACACUGCAACAUGGUUCUUGAAAAUGUUAGGGAGAUGUGGACUGAGGUGCCAAAAACCGGCAAGGGUAAGAAGAAAGCCAUGCCUGUCAACAAAGAUAGGUUCAUCAGCAAAAUGUUCCUGCGGGGAGACUCUGUUAUCAUCGUUCUGAGGAAUCCAAAAUGAGGUGUAGUAGAUUUUUGUGAUCUCCUCCAGGCAAUGCCGUGGCUGUUCUAGUAGUUUUUGAACUUCUAUUACCUUGAAGUAGUGCUUCUAAUGUGUUGGAGAGAGUGUUUUCAUCGGUGUAAUUCUUGCGACAAGGUUGAUAGUCUCUGACUUUCUGAUGUACAAUGAAAUGCUUAUCGCUCUAAACUUUCAAUCAACUCAUUUGCCAUAUGGAAUGCUUAUUGCUAUGUUCGUGGUUC